AUGGGCUGGUUGGUUUACUUGUUGGCUGUUCUAGUCGUCAUAACUUUAAUUUACAAUUCAAGUUCUGUCGCCAGAUAUUACAUGAAAUGGAUUUUUUUUGUAUAUAUGUCUGGUGCGGCGGCCACUUUACCCAUGCCUCUUAUGUGCCUGAAUCCAAAGGAUCCGAAAAAUGCUUUGAUUCCUGCGGCAGGUUUGAGAAUGAUCUGCAAUGUUUUAGGAAUAUCGUUAAAAGUCGAGGGGCAUGAAAAUAUUGUACAAGAUUCGGGGUGUGUAGUGUUGAUUAAUCAUCAGAGUUGUCUAGAUUUAGUUGGUUUUACUAUACCGCUAAUGAUAUUCCGUCCAAAAAGUCCUAAAAAUUGCAUAUUUUUUACAACCACUAUGAGACUGUUAGCUCCACUUUUCGAAAUCAAAUUGCAUUUGGAGGGACAUGAGAAUAUUGUCAAAGAUUCUGGAUGUGUGGUGCUCAUGAACCAUCAAAGUCUUUUGGAUUUAUAUAUUGUCUCCUGUUUAUGGCCACUAAUGGAAAAUUGCACUCCAGUAGCCAAAAGAAGCGUACUCUUCAUUCCUCUUUUUGGAAUAGCCGCCUGGUUAUGGGGCACUGUAUUUAUUUCCAGAGGUUCUAAAGAAGGACAAAACAGCUUAAAUAAAGCUGGGGAAUUGAUGGCAAGGAAAAAUGCUCACGUAAUGAUAUUUCCUGAAGGCACGAGGAAUUUGGGCGAUAAGCUUCUGCCUUUCAAAAAAGGAAGUUUUCAUUUGGCAGUUGAUACGCAAAUGCCUAUACAGCCAGUGGUAGCUUGUCGAUAUAAGUUUUUGAAGAAUUCGAGAUUUGAUAGGGGUGAAAUUAAAAUAAGGAUUCUCCCAGCAAUACCAACAAAAGGUUGUACAAAGGAAGAUAUCCCAAAGCUCAUCGAUACAGCUUACAAAUCGAUGUCGACAAAUAUCGAUGAACUUUCAAGUGAUGAUACUUAA